CGCGAGAGGUGAGGUUGAAGCUGCCUCCGCCAUCUUGAAGAUGGGAGACGGGCGAGAGCUGUGGUCUUUCUGCUAAAGCAAACAACACAACGGCCAGAGUAGUCACCCCCUCCCCCGCCCCUCAGUGAGGCGAUCGUCGCUAUAACCGCUGACCAAAGCCACCGAGAGCAGCGAGCGUGUCAAAGCCGAGCGCGGCGACACCGAGAGCCGCCUUCACCUGCCUCCCGGGCAGAAGGGCAGUGUGGAGGCCCGGAAGGAUGGUGCAGUCCUGUUCCGCCUACGGCUGCAAGAACCGCUACGAUAAGGACAAGCCCGUCUCCUUCCACAAGUUCCCGCUGACCCGGCCGAGUCUCUGCAAACAGUGGGAGGCAGCGGUCAGAAGGAAGAACUUCAAGCCCACGAAGUACAGCAGUAUCUGUUCGGAGCACUUCACCCCGGACUGCUUCAAGAGAGAGUGCAACAACAAGCUGCUGAAGGAGAAUGCUGUCCCCACGAUAUUCCUCUGUGUUGAGCCACAUGACAAGAAGGAAGAUCUGGACCCCCAAGAACAGCUUCCCUCUCCUCCUUCACCCCCCGCAUCCCAGGUCGAUGCUGCUAUUGGGCUGCUAAUGCCUCCUCUCCAGACCCCCGAUAAUCUCUCGGUUUUCUGUGACCACAACUACACCGUGGAGGAUACGAUGCACCAGAGGAAGAGGAUUCAGCAGCUGGAGCAGCAGGUUGAAAAGCUCAGGAAGAAACUCAAGACUGCUCAGCAGCGGUGCCGCAGGCAGGAGCGACAGCUGGAAAAGCUAAAGGAAGUCGUGCACUUCCAGAGAGAGAAAGACGACGCGUCAGAAAGGGGCUACGUGAUUCUCCCACACGACUACUUUGAAAUUGUUGAAGUACCAGCGUGAGAAAAUGAGAUGUGUUAGUGGGACAAGACCACGUGCUCCCUUUAGCCUACUUACAGGAGUUCAUUUGAAAAAAUAGCACUUGAUUACUUGUUUAAAAAAAUCAGAAUAUUUUUUUAAAAUAAAUUAGUUAUAUACUGUAAAAUUGUAAAUUUUUUGUUUGUAAUUUCAGAGUUUUUACAUUUUAACAAAAUAUUUAAAAAAAUUCUUAGACCACCAAUAUAAUGUUGUAUAUUGGUUUCAAGAUGGUGGAUUGUUUUUCAUUUGAGUAUUUAUAGAAAUAAUGUACAAAUGAAAAGUAGAGAGGAUAAUGGUGCGGUGAAGAUGAUUUAAGUUUAAAAGUUAAAAUUAAUGUCCUUUAUUGAGAGAACUUAUUCUAAUUUAAAUCAGAAGCGUAAGAGAUCAUAGGACAGCCUCUCAGAAUAUAGAGAUGUACAUACACAUUUGUAUUUAUAGUCAGGGUUUCAUUUAUUUUUCUCAAUCACUUGUCAAAAUAAACUGUCAAGUCAACAUUUGAGGAAAACAGUAUUUUGCUGUCUUCAGACGAGAAAAGUCAUUCCAUAUUUAAUCAAUAACUUCAUAAAGUAGAUUUUUUUAAAAGUGGAUCCUUUUCUUCCAUGGCUUUAUAAAAUUGGAAGUGUAUCUUGGGGAGUGAGGGCCUCAGCGCGAGGCAUUGUCACCAGCAAGGGAGACUUGGGCCGGCUACGUGGCCCCUGGGUGAAGGUGCUUGUCAUGCAAGCCUGGCCACCCGGCAGCCCAAGUGUGACCCCUGGGGUCCAUGUAAAGGUGGAAGGAGAACACUAAGCUCCACACGUUGUCUUCAGACCUCCACGUGUGUACUGUGGCGUGUCUGCACACUUGCAAACCAUAAACUCGGGACCUGGUUCCUGAUAGGUUCUCAUUAUCCCCUAGCUAAAGGCAUUUUAGGUCUACGACUGUAGUUCAUCUGCAUUCAAACCUCUAACAUUUUAGUGGAGUUUGGUUUGUAUCAGAAUAUGAUAAUUUUCCCCUUAACUGUUUGAUUUUGGUCAAGACAUUGCAUAAAAGUGAUUUUUCCCUUAAAUGAGAAAUUAUAUCUAAUUUACUUCAAGUGGCUUAUGUUCAACAGUAACGUGCUGUGUUUAUGACCUCAAGUGUUGAGAAUUAACUAUUGCAGUUUCUGUUCACACUGUGGAUUGUGUUCUGCCUCUGUGAGAAAGCUUACGUACAUUUGAAAUGAAAAUAUGUUCUAAGUAGACAAAUACAGAAGAAUUAUUUAGGUUUAGGAGAACCAUAUUUUAUAUUUCAGAGCACACUGUAGUUGACGAGCAGACCUUUGAAGACAGUAUUAAAGAUAUGCUAUUCAAGUA